AUGGAUUCAUCGGCGGACAUAGCAAUAUUAGUGGCAGAUGAAUGUAACCAAAAGGUGAAUACAACGGCAGAGAAAGCAUCGAAUACAGCGGAGGUUGGGUGGUUGAUGAUGUUUGGGAUUGAGGAGAAGAAGAUUGAAAGUCUGAUGAGGAAAUUUGAAGCUAAAUCUCAGUUUGCUGUGGCGGUUUCUAGUGGCUUUUUUCUGCUUAACUAUGUUUCAUCCUUGUACUAUAAGUCACGUUUGAACCUCAUGCUGGAAAUCUAGUUUAGGCAUGAUGUUACUUUCAUUUGCUUCUCUAAUCACCAGAGGGCAUGUUGCUUUAAGUUUCGAGUUCUACAAGCUUUGGUUUUAUACUCUUUUGGGUUAGUUUUUAAGUACAGUUUCUUGUAAGUUAAUGGAAACGGUGUCGUAGUAAGAAAAAACAAAUCAUCGUAG